AACGAAAUAAUAAAAAGAAAAUAAAAAAGAAACCUAGUGCUCGCUCAGAUGUAAUGAGUUCAUCCUCACUCACUCCCGCUGUGCGAGCGCCGUCACCGUCGCGUCAGUCUUACCGCCGAUUUCAAGCCAAAGCUCCUCAACGGUGUUUCUUAGAACUUCUGGUUUGAGGUUCAAAUAGUACUACAAAUAUGCUGAAUCUUCAUCGUGCUAUAGCUCGUCUAGCCUCAACCUCAUUUAGCAUGAACUCAUCUGCAUCAAGAGUUGUCUGUGAGAAAACCCAGUGCGUCUUUCGAAUUGGCACUGUGAUGCCCUCGGAGAAUGGUGUUGAUGCUCGUCAGCUUGUCACCUCCCGAGCUUUUUCAGAAAAACCUAGUGGUGUAAAUGAUGGUGGAGACAAGUCCGCAGCCGAAACGUUUGGUGGUUCUCCGUCAGAUGGUCUAGGUUGGGAUUCAGUGUCCUCAUGGUCGAUUGGACUGACCAAGGAGCAUUUUGAUGGGGAGGUCGCGGGCCAUCGCGCCCCUACUUAUUCUGCAAAGAUAGCUGAGUCGCAAAAUGUUGACAAUCCGGUGAAAAAUUUGAAACAGGAGUACCGAAGAAGUAGGAAGGUAGUGGGUGGUUGGGACAAACGGAUGCGGGAGACCGCUAUGCUGUUGAAGCAAGUGCGAGAACCGGGUGCUAGAGGAUCUUAUCUCAAGGACUCGGAGAAGGCCGAGAUGUAUCGAUUGCACAAGGAAAACUCUGAGGUUUACACAGUAGAGAGGCUCGCAAAAGAUUAUAGAAUUAUGAGGCAGAGAGUUCAUGCCAUUCUCUAUCUCAAGCAAGAUGAGGAAGAGAUGGAAAAGAAACUCGGUCAUCCUUUGGAUGAUUCCGUUGAGCAGUUGCUUGAUAAUUUUCCUGAGUUCUUUAUUUCACAUGACCGGGAAUUCCAUGUGGCAUCUCUUCCCUACAAACCUGACUUUAAAGUUAUGCCAGAGGGUUGGGAUGGUAUCGUCAAGGAUAUGGACGAAGUCCAUUACAAGAUAUCAAAAAAGGAAGAUGAAAUGCUUUAUCAAGAGUUCCUCCAGAGAUUUGAGUUCAACAAAAAGAAAAUGGCAGGAGAGGUCUUCCACCACAAGUACAGCCGGCGCCGUCCUUCAAAUGGGUGGAAUUUCACAGUCGAGAAACUGGGUCCACGUGGAAAGCGUGGAGGUGGUGGCGGCUGGAAGUUUGUCAGCCAGGCAGAUGGUUCCAGCCGUCCGCUCAAUGAAAUGGAGAAAAUGUAUGUAAGGCGAGAAACUCCACGCCAACGACGCAGAAUCCUUCCCCCUUUCAAGCAUGUUUAGUAUGAGCCAAGUUAUACUCCUUUCAGAUGCUUAGUUUAGGAAUCAUUUACCUUCUCUGCUUGCUGCUCUUUUCUCUGAGGACAAGUUACAACUGAAGUUGAUCAUUUAGUCAGGGCCUCGUUGGUGACAAUUGCUUAUUUUUCUUUUCCUUUUUUUUUUUGCGCCAUUUUUAGAGGCGUGGGAUAAUAAUGGUCGAGAACGAAGAGAUAAUGUCCCCCAUUACUAUAAAUGAUGGUAUUUUGUGGUCAAACGGCAUAGGAUUAGGUUGCUAAUAGAGCUCAGAGAAUCACAUUGCCUAUGAUCAAAGAUGGUUUGUAUUUAAGUUAGUUUUACAGCAAAUGUGACUGCACAAGCUUCUAUGAGGUGAGUUUAUCAGCUAUUGCAAACUACAAAGUCUGAUUUCAA